CUCCCAUUGUUGUCCUGCAAAAGAAAGCUGCCUGAUGCCCCUGGCCCCUCUCUGCCUUGAGGGCUCGUCAUUUCUUUCGGCGGCGUGUUUGUGUGCUCCGACAGCCUCCUGCCUGGCUGAUGGUUUUCCGACACCCUCCGGCCCGGAGGAGUUUUUUUGUUUUCGCUGCUUCCAAUGCGAAUGCGGGGGUGUGUGAGAGAGUUUCUUUGAUGUUGGAGGUUUGCCUGAAUUGUAUUUCUUGUCAUUUUUCUUGUCUAAGAAGCUUGCGCUACAUUGUAUUUCUUGCCCUUGUAGUUUUUUGCCCAUGUGCCAGAGCCAAGGAGACCUGUUUUUUACCUUGGAAAGGUCCUGUGUCUCGGUUUUUUCUUCGGGAGACUGUUUUGCGCCAGUAUUGCUUGCGCAGUGCACCCCCGAGCGGACCAGAUUGUUUUUUUUUUCAGUGGCCUGCGCAACAUAUCCUCCCCGUGGAACCGAAAGCAAGCGUAGCCUAUAGGCCGGCCUUUCUACAGUUGGACUUAGAAGUAGAUAUGGAAGACUAGACAGGUUCAAGCCCUAUAGCAGUAAGCUCUUUUUGUUUUUUGCCAUGUAUCAGAGGGCUUUACUAUCUUCAUAAGAUGGGUGCUGGCACUUAUCCGUUUGUCUGCACUUGGUUGGCCCCCCUGCUAAAAAUCUCUUUGCAUUUACUUACCACCAUGUCCCCCGCCUUUUGUCUUCGUUGUGUCUGUGUACGAUAUGCAUGUCUUGCUUCAUCUGCCUUCCACAGUGUUGUGCGCUUUGUUUGAUUAGUUUCGACCUUGAACUACAGCGAAAAGAAAGCAUAACGCUCUGAAGCGAAGUCAUUUUUUUCGUCACAGACCGCCUCUAAAUUCGCUUUGGAUUGUAAUUGUUCGGCGACACAUCGCUUGUCGUACCGGAGAAGCUUUUUUUUCCUUAGAAUCUACUGUCUGGGCAUUGUGCCGCCAGUAAAAGAAACAAGCAAAUAAAAUGGCCCGCGGCGCCGCGUCGUCAUCAACUUCGAAAGGGAAGAACAAGAGCAGCGGAUCUGUACUGCAGACUGCGAUGAAAAGCGCGAAGAUGAUCGUCGGCACCGCCAUGAAGUCAAUGGGCGGAAAGAAGGUGGUCGUCGCAAAAGCCAUGAAAUCCAGCACGAAGUCCAUGAAAGCUGCUGUGGAGAAGAAUGUGGGCGGUCGUCCGGGAACGAGGUGGAGUAAGCGGUUGAAGGACCUCGGGAACUGUGCAGGAAAAACUUGAGCCCGACACCGCGAGCGCUUGUGCUACAGUGCCGCUUAGCAGUUUAGUGCUUGCUUUUUGGAACAAGUCAAAAUCUACGUCAAGCACUUGCACUGAAAUCCGAUCCGUGACAAACGUGAAAAAAAAAUCGCGUUACUCCAGGAACUUCUUCGGCCUCCUCCUCUUUUUGCCAGGAUGUAGUCCUCGCAAUCAGUGCGGCGCGCCUCAUGCGGUCGCGUCGUACCUUACGCAACAGCGUGACACAGCUGCAAAGAGCCGACAAAAAAACGCGCCGCUGCCUACUUAAUGCCUGCAAGGCCGUGGCAAAGCCACUGCUAAGGCCAGCGCCGCAUCGGUCGCAGGCAUUUCAAAGUCAGCGCGCCAGGGCGUCCGUUCGCCUUGUGUAAGUACACGGAGGGCUGCGCACUCCAGUAGAGCGGAGCUCUUAGAUGAGAAUCAAUCUCGGCUCUGAGCAACUGAAACAAGUUGUUAGAUGAGAAUCUCGAUGGAGUUACCAUGAACAGCUACAGAUCAGUCAAGGAACAUCAGUGUUGCAACGAAAGACUGCUUGUUCAUUGCGGCUGAGGCUGUGCACUGGGUUCACGGUCAGCACACUGUGCUCCCCAAUCAGGUCCUGGAUGGUUCUUUGCGCUUCCCUUGCAGCUGCUGCAAAAGAAAACGGGUGGACGUGAUAGCAUGUGGAUCAACAUUUUUUACAACUUGUGCGCAAAAUACAACAAACCGCCUCGAUGUACUGUGGUUCAAGAACUAUGAUCUCUACUUAGACAAAGCGCUGCCGCACAAUCGCUGGCGUCACGGGCUCAGGUUGUAAUUUUCAAUACAUAUUCAAAAACCGGCGGCAAGCGAUAAAAAAGCCCUGAAGAAAUGGCGGGAUUCGUACAAACGCGAGAAGGAGCUGCACGAAGAAGCAGCUGCACGCAGAGGAGAAGAUCCGGUUUUCGACGUGCCGGUGCUGAACCUCGACGACAAUGACGAUCAAGAAGAUGAUGACGACGACGAUGAACAGGGCGAUGAAGAGGACGACGAGGUGGAGGAGGAUGACGGCGAGGGUGAGUACGAGGAGGAGGAGGAUGACAGCGAGGGGGAGGAGGAUGACAGCGAGGGGGAGGAGGAUGACAGCGAGGGGGAGUACGAGUACGAAGAGGAAGAAGAUGAAGAUGAAGAUGAAGAACAGGCAGAGGAGAAUGCAGCGGUCCCCUGCCAAUCCGCAAACACCAUCAAACAGCAGCCGCUACAACUCCCUCUGACCACAAGCAACGUGUCGAAGUCGAUGACGUACGUAGCGCAGCGGGUCAGCAUGCCAGAAGUGAUCCUAGCCUUCGUGUGCGGUGCAAUGUUCGCGUUCGUGGUGCUGGCGUACGUCGUGAACCACCUGAUCUGCGCGGGCGUCGUCGAGCUGAAGGUGUACGAUGUGCCGAUCGGCGGGACUACCACCACGAGUACAACUACUUCCACGUCUUCCACAAGCACCUUUCCUCCGACCACCCAGGUCCCGACUUCCAGUUCCUCUUCCACUACUCCCCGCACCACCUCGCGCACCGGCACCCUCAACGAGGACGACCAGCGGGCCGCAUAUCGAGAUGAAAAAUCGCUUUAUCCCACAUGACGCCCAGAGGAAAUUUUUGCUGUGUGAGAAUGAAAUUGAUAUACACAGAUGAUCGGCAUCAAGCUGUGCUGUUGAGUCAUCGCUUUCAACGUGACUUGUGCUCAAUUGUCGUGUGGUGCAAAUUUUCAUGUCCCUGCGGUAGGGUGGGAUGGGGAGCAGAUUGUUCACUUUGAUACAAACGACUACUUCUACGGGGGAAGAGUGCCGGGCACGUUCAAGCUGUAAUCACGACAGCACGCAGGUCGUGGAUACGGGUAGGUCGAUGUGACGGGAGGAAACGGGCGAUGAGGUUCUACAUAUGAUCCACAAAAAAACAACAGUGCGGCAAUUACAACUGCUUGGCAGUACUCUUCCUUGCUGCAAUGGAAUAGGCAUCUGUGAGUCAGGCUUUCUUUCUCAGAAAAUUGAGUUUCUCUACAUGUUUUCAAAGCAGAAGUAAGGUUAGAAGUAGCAAGAGAGGUAAGUAAGUACUUCCUUCUCUUCUACUUAUUUUACAGCCGCAAGAACAAGGUGGCUCUGGCUGCUUAUAUUCUUGGUCAGCUUAUCUCUCCUUCGGAAAGCAAAAAUGAUACGAAACAGUUUCAAUUGAUGAACAUCCACUAAUUCAUGAUAUUUCGGAGCACACAAGAACAUAGUUUCGCUCUAUUAUACACAACCCGAACGCACAUGUCACAAAAUGCAUUUCUUUUUUUGGGUACCUCACUUUUAAUCAGACACUUGAACGUCUUUGAACAGCAACAGAAGCGCGAUAAAAACAGUCGGAAAUUGUACACAUGAGGAUGACAUAGACAUUAACAUUUAAAGUUGUGAACCUGUACAAAAUUGAUUUUUUUGUAACUGUACACCGACCAUCAACAU